AUGAAGUUUGGGGCUCUCUUUGGGCUCUCACUGGUUGGCCUCAGUGUUGCCUCCCCCGUUUCCAACGUUUGGAAAUCACCUCGUGGUGCUACUGACGAUUUCAUCCGUGGUGUUAACCUGGGAGGAUGGCUGGUGUUGGAGCCAUGGAUCACGCCUGGUAUCUUUGAGGAAGGAGGUGAUAGCGCAGUGGACGAAUGGACUCUCAGUGCGGCUCUCGGUGAUCGUGCCCAUGAACGGCUAAAGCUGCAUUGGAACACCUACAUCGACCAGGGCGAUUUUGACCGCAUCAAAGCUGCCGGACUCACCCAUGUCCGUAUCCCAAUUGGAUACUGGGCCGUCGCUCCCAUUGAGGGAGAGCCCUUCGUUCAGGGCCAGGUAGAUAUGUUGGAUGCUGCUGUCGACUGGGCCAGACACUCUGGUCUCAAGAUCAACGUUGAUCUCCACGGCGCCCCUGGAUCUCAAAACGGUUUCGAUAACAGCGGCAAACUCGGCCCAGCCAACUGGCAAAAGGGCAACACCGUCGAACUCACCCACAAGGCUCUCGAUGUCCUCAUCGAACGAUACAGCAAGCACGAAGGUGUGGUCGACGAAAUCAACCUCAUCAAUGAGCCAUUCCCUCAGGCUGGUAUCCAAGUCGAGCCCCUCAAGGAGUUCUACCGCCAGGGCGCCGCCAAGGUCAAGAGCGCCAACCCCAACGUCGCCGUCGUCAUUUCGGACGCCUUCAUGGGCCCAUCCAAGUGGAAUGGCUUCGACCUCGGAACCAAGACCAUCAUCGACACUCACCACUACGAAGUCUUCAGUGCUGAACUCGUCGCCUGGAACAUCGACCAGCACAUCAAGGCCGCAUGCGACUUCGGCACCAACGAGCUCGCUCAAUCCUCCAUCCCUGCUGUUGUCGGUGAAUGGUGCGGUGCCCUGACCGACUGCACCAAGUACCUCAAUGGCCGCCACGAGGGCUACAGAUACGAUGGCACCCACAAGGACUCCAACCCUAGCACUGCCGUCCCCAACGGCUGUGCUCGCAAGACCGAGGGUUCCGUUGCCCAGCUCACUGAUGAAGAGAAGGUCAACACCCGCCGCUACAUCGAAGCUCAGCUUGACUCCUUCUCCAAGGGACACGGAUGGUUCUGGUGGACCUGGAAGACCCAGCGAGGUUCUCCUGGCUGGGACCUGGACGACUUGCUUAAGAACGGCCUUUUCCCACAACCUAUGGAUGCCAGGAUGUACCCUGGCCAGUGCAACUAG